CUGUAAACUGAAAAAUGCUCGCUGUGGUAAUGCUCACUAAGAAAAAAACUAGACAGUGGAAAAAUGUUAGCAGCAGCUUUGAACAAUCAUCACUAUUUACUAAAGGCUAAAAAGCUCAUUGCUAGGAAUUGCUAACGAACAAUACAUUCUAUUGAUCAAUGGCAUCCACUACUCCUACUGUAGGAACCUACAGAUCUUACUUCAACAAAGUUUUAAAGAAAAGAUUGAAAUAUGUCAAUAAUAUUUCUAUCAUUGUUGCUAUAAUUUAUUCCUUAACUUUACAACUACCGUAUGGAAAAUUUUGGUGGAAUUUAUUAUUUACAAGUUUUAGAGGUCCAAUAAUAUUCUUAAGUUUAUAUCUUAUUAAACAAUCUCGAUAUAAAUUAUCAGUAGUUGAAUAUAGUGGUCAUAAAACUUUAGGAUCUCAAAUUUAUUAUAGUUUAUUUUCAUUAAAUUUCUUUAAAACUAUCAUUUUUUACUUAUUAUCAUCAUAUUUAUUAUUCUUUAUUUAUAUUUUUCAAUUACCUUUAUGGUCUCAAUAUUAUUUAGUAUCUAAAGAGUAUAGAAAAAAACCAGAAAUUAAUGAUGAAUGGGUAUUUUAUUGGUAUUAUCCAAUUAUAUUAUCAUUAUUGUAUAGUAGUCAACAUUUAAUCUUUCAAAAGAAUAGAUUAAAUUUUAAAUUCGGAGCUCAAAAUAGAGCUAAACCUGAUGAUAUAUUAUUUUCAAAAUUUCCUAAAUUAAUUGGUGGUUCAAUUGGUUUAAAUUUAAUUAUUAAUAUAUUAUCACCAUUAAUUUAUUUAAUAUUAAAACCAAUUAUUUAUAAAUCAAAUAUUUUAUUUAUAAUUAUUUUAGGUUUAGAUACUAGUAUUCCAUCAUAUAAUUUAUCCCUUAAAACUUUUAUAAGUAUUUCAUAUCUUUCAUAUCAUAUCAUUUUUGGAUGGGAAUUAUUAAAUCAUAUUUUUAAUGUUUAUGCAACUAUUGGAUGUAUUGAUGGUAAAAAAUUAAUUAGUACUUAUAGUUCUGAUCCAGUUAAUACUUUAUUAACAGGUUUAAGAAAUGUUGAACCAGAAUAUCAAUUAAGUAGAUUAACUGCAUUUCAAGAACUUGCUUAUAUUUCAUCAAGUAAUGAUCCUGAAGCUUUAAAAUUAAGAAUAGCAAUAUAUAAUGCAAGAUCAAGAAGAGGUUAUAUUUGGCCAGCUAUAUUAGAAGAAUGUUCUUUAGUUAUUAAAGAAACUACAGCUAGAAUUAAUUAUAGAUCUCCAUCUGAUUUAAAAGUAUUAAAACAACAUCAAUUAACUUUAAAGGAAGAAUUAAGAAAAUCUUCUGGUUAUUCAAAAUCUGGUGAUGAUAGUGAUAUUUUUGGAAAUUCUAUAUUUGUUUCAAGUAAUCCCCCAACUAAUUUGAAUUCAAAGACUUCAGUUAAAGAAUACAUUCAACCUCAAACUUCAAAAUCAUCAUCAUCAUCAUCAUCAUCAUCAUCAUUCGAGGCUUCAAUAUUAGGCAGUAAUUUAUACAAAAUUCUUGAAUCACAAGUUAUUAUCCCAUUGAAAUCAAUUUUUAAUUCAUUCCUUAUUGAAGAUUCUCUGUCUACCAAGAAAAAUCCAUUAAUAUCAAAUGUUAAACAAUUUAUUGAAAAGGCUUCUAUAAUAAUUAAUGAAUAUAAUCAAAAGUUUUUAUCAACAUAUGUUGGAGCAUUAUUCAGAAUUACUCUUAAAAGAGAUACUGAAUCAAGAGUUAUAAAUGCAGUUAAUUUUGGUAAUGCUAUAAUCUCUAUUUCUAAUUUAUUAAUUCAUUCAAUUGAAGAUGAUAAAAAUGGUAGUAUUACUAAUAGUCAUAUUUGUGAAAUAUUAAAUUUAUUAGAGAAACCAAUUCGAGCAUCUAAUAAUUAUAUUGAAUUUUUACCUGCAUCAAUAUAUUUUAGUGAAUAUGAGAAAUCAUUAAUUAAAGAGAAUAAAAAAAUUAUUAAUAAUAAUUUAAUUGGUAUAUUACAUGAUUUAACUAUGAAUGAAUUCUUUCAAAUAUGUGUGAAAUUUAAUUAUAAAUUAAAUGAUUUGGUUUUAAAUGCAAGAACUUAUAAACUUGCUAAAUGGGUUAUAGAUGUUGCAAUAGCUGAUCAACAGCUGCAACAACAAAAGAGGCAAAGAGUCACACCUUAGUUUACACUUAAAUAAAUUAUCAAUCAAUAAAAUCAAUAAGUAAGUAAGUAAAUAAAUAAA